GAUUCAGCCACUCAGCGUGAGCAACUACCCUUUUCAGAGGCAACGGUGAUCCAAGAUGGAUUCACUGCGCGCUGACAGAUGGCAGUGCAUAAAUCGAAGCAGAAGAUCUUUGCCAAUGGUCCACAACAGACAGCUGACAAGUGGCUCAGAUACAUGGCAGAACAAGCGAAGACUCGCCCAAAACAAUACGAGUAUCUAAGCGCUCUUGUGAUCAUGUUCCACGUGAAGAAGCAUCAGAAAAGAGCCGCCAGGCCGUCUUGGCUCUCGAGAUUAGCAACGGCGGUUUGAGCUGGGCGGGUUCCCUUUAAUUUCGCCGCCAGGGGUUUUCCCUCGAACACUCCGAGUCCUUGUGGAUCGGGGAUAUUUUGAUGACCCAUGAUCAGCCGACUCUAGUUGUUUGAUGUUCCAUUGUAAUGUCACUUGGGGGUCUCUUGUUCUGCGGAUCUCAAUACCCAGCCUUUGGUGAUCUUGCUAUGACAAUAAGAGUCUGAGGUGAGGUCAUUGUUUGACUCGGCGCGCGGUUGGACUUGUUGAAGUCAUGCAGCGUGUGUUCCUGGAACGGUUACAAGGCUUGUUAGUGGCUGGGUCGUACAGGGGAUGUUAGCGGGUGGUGGGCAGUACCUAACUUAGACAGAACAGAGAGGUCAUUCAUGUCACAUGUAUUCAACUCGAUACAAGCAAGGGUAACGGGAAUUAUCAUACGCGAGUUGACCUUGAAACAUGAAUAUUCAAACAAUUAUUAUCACUGAUGCUCACAAUGGAUUGACUGUUUGCCGCAAUCCUUCCUCCGUUCCGCAGAGCAUCCAUCUCUAAAUAGAAACAGAAUAGUUACAGUGCACUAUCACACAGCCUAUGUCAUUACAUCAGACCGAUAACUACAGCGACGGCUCAGAGAGGCGGCGCAGGGCUGGGCGUAUUCUUGGCAAUGAGGCAGAGGCAGAGGCAGAGGCAGAGGGAGAAGAAGAAGGGCAACGCCUGUAAGAAAAUGGUGGCCCUUGGCUAAUUGAUGACAGAGACACAAAGAGAGAGACAAGCUUAACUAUUACUCUUAAAUAUACAAUACGAACCUUAUUCUCCUUUCUCUUACUCUAUUUCAGUCAAUACCUUGCCUUGCCCUGGCUGAACGCAAAAAGCACAGAUCAGAAACCGUUGACGAUACGGAACCGAUACUGACUGCCAAUUAAACUGACCACCCCACACUGAAUCCUUUCCUUUCCUCUCUUCUACAUACCCUUUCUUAUUAUACCCAUCACAACCUCGACCUCGUGUUUCUUGGUUUUUCUUUAUUCCCUUGUCUUGUCUUCAUUUCUUCUUCUUCAGGGCCAGUUUCUUCUUAUUUGCAUAUUGACUCUUUGGCAUUUGUUCAUCUUGAACCACCCUUUCUUCGAGCCCAUCACCAAUUCAUCGAUACACUACAGCAACAACUCGAAUUGUUCGCUUCCAUUCCUUCCGAGGCUACGAAUAGCUUCCGCCUUUCUUAUCGCUCCUUUAUCCGCCCGAGGCCGCUGUCAUGGCCAUUUCUUCGGGCCUCGCCCUUUUGCUGGCUGCCAGCGCCGCAUUGAAUCCCGUCGCUGCUGCACCUUCGAUCGACGACGCUUUCGUCGCCAUCUCCAAUUCAGAUUUCUCUCCCCGAUCAGUAUCAAAACGAGGCACGCCUCAAGCCCCCGAUGGCUACGUACCCUCCAAAGUCGAUUGCCCGAGUACGCGACCGACGAUCCGAAAUGGCUCUUCCAUCUCGAGCAUGGAGCGCGACUGGAUCCCCAAGCGUCGGAACGAAACCAUCUCCCCUAUCCGAACCCUUUUGAAGCGUCUAGCGAUUCCCGGUUUUGACAGCGAGGAGUAUCUCAAGGAUGCUGAGACAGAUGCUACUGCGCUUCCUAAUAUCGGUAUUGCUAUCUCUGGAGGUGGCUACCGUGCUAUGCUUUGCGGUGCCGGUGCGCUGGCAGCUUGGGAUAUUCGUUCUGCUGGAAGUGACAAGGAUGGAAACCUUGGUGGUCUUCUACAAAGUGCGACAUAUCUUUCUGGUCUCUCUGGUGGUGGCUGGCUCGUGGGCAGUUUGAUGAUGAACAACUUUACUUCUGUCCAGGAAAGCGUGAACUAUCCUGGAAUCUGGCAGUUGGAGAAUUCGAUCCUUGAGGGCCCUGAGAAUUACUCUCUUCUCCAGUACUACAAUACGAUUUUCGACGCCGUCUCCGAUAAGAAGGAUGCUGGUUAUGAACGAUCUCUUACGGAUUACUGGGGCCGCAUGCUGUCAUACCAACUUAUUAAUGCUACGGAUGGUGGUCCUGCAUAUACAUGGUCUUCCCUUGCGGACGAUCCUGACUUUUCUGAGGGCAAGGCUCCUAUGCCUAUCAUUAUUGCAGACGGUCGUGCGCCAAACGAGACCAUUAUCAGUCUCAACGCAACCAACUUCGAGUUCACCCCCUGGGAGCUUGGUUCUUAUGACCCCGUUCUUCAGGGCUUCGUUCCUCUCAAGUACGUCGGUUCUGAGUUUGAUAAC